AUAAUUUCCACUGCCGUAAAAAAAACCAUGAAGUCCGGUUCAUAGCUGUUUAUGAUASGUUGCUAGCAAGAUUUCUCUAGGAAGCAAAAUGUGCCUCUAAAUAUUACAAACUUAUUUGUCUUCUAGGCUUGUUUCCGAACGAUUUUCUCCGAAAGUGAACGACAAAGCACCGAGUGAUCAACGAACAGAUGUUGUCAGUCAGUCGGAUGAAGUUGACUCAUUUGUAGUCAAGAGCUCCGACAUAAGUUCAUCUAUAUGGGCGAUAACAUUUGAAAAUGAAGAAACAAGAGUCAAGUCUGUGAUCUUUAGAUGUUUCGUUACUUUCUGGCGUUCCUUGUGUGGUCAUGUUUCCCAGCUUCGCGCCAUUGCGGACUGUGUCUAAAUUCUGACGUAGAGGAACAUGAGCAAUUGAACUAUGAAGCCAUCACAACAAUCCACAACCAUCUUGAUGAUGACAUGAAUGGUGAAGUAGACAUAAGUGAAUCUGAUGAGUUUAUUCGGGAUGAGCUCAAGGUCACCGACAAAAAUCGACAAAAUCUCUUUCAUGCAAAUGACACCCGAAUAUCAGUAGUAGAUCUGUGGAAAAGCUGGGUGACUAGUGAAGUGCACAACUGGACAACUGCUCAAGUUGUCAACUGGCUUGUUGAAUAUGUCCACUUACCACAAUACACUAAAAUGUUUGCUACUUCAAAGGUUAAUGGAUCUAUAUUACCAAGACUUGCAGCACAGCAGUUCAAUGGAGUUUUCCAAGGCAUCAAGGACCCAAAGCACAGAAAGAAGAUAUCUUUACGAGCUAUGGAUGUCAUACUCUUUGGACCUCCAGCAUCUGGUCAUAACUUCAUCAAGGAUAUCGUGGUAGCUUUCUCUGUUCUUGUUGCAACGUUUGGUUGCUGGUUCGCUGUACAUCAAAAGCGACGUGCCAAGAAACAGAUGGAUCAAAUGAUGAAGGAUUUGUCUGUCUUACAGCAAGCAGAGCAGAACUUUGGAGAACUACAAGACAGGCUAAUACAGGCUGAGGAAGAACACCAACGUGCUAUCCAGGAGAAGAAUGAUCUCGAGAUGAGACUUGAGGAAGAAAUUAAAAGCUCUAAGUUUGGAGCUGAGAAAUGGCAAGAUGCRCAGGAAAGCAAUAAAGAGAAGAUGCAGCUUCUAGAAGAUGCACAACAGGAACUUUCCAGGGUUCGUAAGGCACUGCUCAAAGCUGAAAAGGCCCUYGAGUAUCAGUCUUGGAGAGCUCCGUCUGCAUUGAAAGAGUGGUUGCAAAUGACUUAUGUAAAAGAAACCAAACACUUCCAUCUAAAGAGGGCGCARGCACUGAAACAAAUGUCUGAAGCAAAGGAAGCGUGUGAUCGAAUACGAAGAAAAAGAAAUACUCUCAUUGGAUCAUUUAGGAUGGCCCAUGAUAUGACAAUAGAUGAAGUCGAUCAAUACAUCAUAAAAGCAAGGGCAUCCCUAGCUGAAGUAACCAACGAGCUGCAGGAACGUCAACACAGAUGGUCGCAAAUCGAGUCCCUUUGUGGCUUCAAUAUAAUUUCUGAUGUUAAUUCUUCGACCCCUGGACCAUCAGACUCGAGGGGUAGCUCCAAUGUAGCUCAAGCAUUGGCUAACGUUGCAAACAUUGGAAGUGUAGGAUCUGGACGAAAGAUUUCAGAUAAUAACCCUCCUAAUAAAGAAGACUUUGAUAACGACCCCCCUCCKACCUAUUCCAGUGUAGCUGUGCAAAACUCACCCAACUUGAACGAUUGCAGGUCUUUGAGAGACUCACUGGAUCCACUCACCGUAAGUUCAAAGGCACAAAAUGCCAGUGAACGCGAUCAAAUUCCUAGGAAUUUAUCGCAAGCGUCUUUAGUAAAUGGUCGUAGUAGUUUGACUAAUGGUAGCUCUAAUGGCCUUGAUCAUCCUGAAAUUAACGGCCACAUGGAUUCUUGCAGCAAUCUCUCCCCGCCAGCCWRCAAGACGAAGAAGAAGUGGUUCGGCAGUAAAAAAGACUUUGAAGUCGUUAUAAAUGGCGAUACGGAGGAAGAAUGUCGCAGAAGAAAAAUCAAAUGGCUGUGGAGAAGUGCUGCGUUGAAGUCAACAGCUAAACGCAAAGAACAGUUAAUCAAAGAAAAUGAAAAGAUAAGCUGAGAAUAUGUGUUUAUGUAUUGCUCGCCUAUUGUAAGCUUUUCCUUAAUCAAACAUGCUUUCUGCAGUUUCAACUUGACAAUAACAGUUUUAUAGGACAUUCUAUGUCAUAGUCUUUCAUAGUAUCAAUGACGGGCUCUCUUUGUCAAGACCAUUUGCGUAGAGGUUUGGAAUGAGAAGAUCUUUUUGUAGAAUCUUCUCCAGUCUCUCGGCAUUGUUUGUAGAUAUUCAGUGAUCUAUCGGGACUACUCCUAAUCGAGCGAGUGGUGAAGAAAGCUUCAGUAGCAUUUAUAAACUUUCUACYAGCAAUAGGGAAAACUAAAUUCUGUCCAUACUAUAUGCAAAAAGUAUUGAAAUUGCUGUUUUUCUAAAAAAAAAAAUAAAAAAUUGUGUCAAAAGAAUUGCAGGGAACUUACAGAUCUUAGUAGGAAAUUUACAGAGAUUUAAUAAAAGCAUCAUCCUGUAUGCUUCAAAUUAACAGUAUUUUAUAUUAAGUUAUUUCACCUAUUUUUUACGGUGUUAAAUUUAUCUUUUUACACAACUGUUUCUUUAGAAACACCGACGCAGCUCAMACUAGUUUACCGCUAGUUCCCACCAGUAUUUUAUAUUGUUGUUUUAAUGCUUUUUACAUUUGUAUGGAAAUGGUUAUGUUUACCCUAUUGCCAGUAAACUAGCAACUGUAAAUUAGCUCUAGAAGUUCAAAAUAGAAAAAUUAGUGGAGAGUUUUUAACAUUUACAAAAUUGAUUUUCAAGAAAAAAGUGUUUGCAAAGWUGUCAAUAAUUCUAUAAGAAUUGAUCAGUGACCGGUAUUUACUAAAGGAAAAAAAUAUUGAUCAUGAAUUUUAGCUAUAUGUAAUUAUUAGCAAACCGCACUAAUAUCCAUAAGUAUAUGCAAAGCAUAGAGGUUUUUAUCCCAGUAUUAUUUAUUAUUGUUGUCUGGAUACUGGUUAGAAGUUUGAUAUAAAUAUUUUAUUGAAGAAUUUGCACCUCGUCACCAGUGCCUGCUUUAUUGCUAGUCAGCGGAUUGCUAUUGUUGCAAAGCRUCAUGGGAUCGAGSGAUGUUUUAUUACAUUGRCAAGAAGAACGCGAAAGAGAGGUGCGGUCCYUUGAGUAGCACUAAGACUGGCUCUGGGCGAGAUUUAAAGAUAUAUUUCUAUCUAUUAUGAAAAAUUUAAUAUUCAACAACAAAUGACAUCAGUUUAGGAUUUUGAUAAAGUAGUUUAGAUGAGCAGUUUGGAUAUAACGAGUAAUUUGCUUUUUGUACAUUUUGCAUACCGUCAGAUUCAUUCGUUUUCCUUCAUCAACCUUCGGGUUUCUAGUUGUCCAGCAAGUUACAGCUCAGGCAGACGUGACGGCACAACAUUCUCAUAACAGUAUUCAAAGAAAAUUUAUUGAAAUUACAUUGUAAUUACUGUAAUAUUUACACAUUUUGAACGAUGAUUUGUUUGCUUAUUUUGAUUGAUUCAUAUUUAACAGUUSAUGAGCUGUUAUUUAAUACGUGGGCUUCAUGUCCAUGGGAGAUCGUGAUCUAUGGUGAUUCAUAUACUUUUCCCUUGGGCAGGCUAUAGAUUUAGCGAACAAGGGAGUGUACAUCCGUGGAUAUUUUAACUGAUCUCUCCAAGUCGAUCGGGGUUAGGUACAUUUGUAUUUAUAAACGUAAAAGUUAAUAAAAUGAGAUUUUUUUAUU